AUGGCAUCUGAACUUCCAGCAUCGACCUUGUCCACCGCCGGAGGUGGAGCUCCAUCUGAGACAAUUCCGGAAUCUUCGGCGGUCGAUUCAUCCAAAAUGGGAAAGGUGAGUUGACCAAAAAAAUAAUUUUGUCAAUUUUUGAUAAAAAAAGUCUUGGUUUGCCUGUGCAGGCUAAAAAUUGCGUGUAAGAAUGAGAAGAUCUCACAAUCAGACAUAUUUUGGGCUAAGUUUCGGCGUAAGAUGAGGUCUUGCUUUGUGAUUUUCCUUAUUCUUUUCAUUCAGUAAAUUGUAUUGAUGAGAAUAGACUACGUGGAAUGUUACAAUGAAAACCGAAGAUUUGUUGGUGUAAACUUGGGUGAUGAGGUUUUUGCGAAUACCCUCGGAGCAUUCCAAACUAGCGCUUCCCAUACGGGCCUCAUCCAGGGGACCCUGUUUCUCGCGCGACUGGCCAAUUUGCCAUAGUCCCCAUUUUCCUGCCGCAAGAAAAACUAAUGCUUAUUUUUUCAGCCAGGACGCCACGUUGUCGUCAAAAGAAACUUUCGACCCGAGGAUGACCCGCAGUUCUCCUGCUGCAUCAAACUCAGUCUUCAUGUAAGUAAAAAAUAUUCGAAACAUCCAAUUUAAUGAUCUUUUUCAGCGCUCGGUAAUCGUCAUUUCGUCGAUCAUGCUGCCGCUUUGUGUCUUUUUUACAGUUAUCUAUGCUGUGCAAUCGUUUCUUGCUACAAGUUCCGAUGGAAAAGUCGGAGAUGAUUUUGCUGCUGCGGUGAUGAUGAUCAUGGCGUAUGGAUGUUUGUUGGUGGGAAGUGUCUGGAGAAUCGAGAAACUUUAUUGGGCUUAUGCGAUUUUCUCGGUAAGUGGAGCCAAAAUUUCAAAAAAAUGAUUUAUCUCCCGUUUUGGCCGAAUCUACAAAAUUUAUUAUCUAUAUACAUAUAUACAUCUUUUAUUUCAGACAUUGUUUCUCAUAAUUACACUCUAUGCGAUGGGCGAAUCGAUUGCGAUGGCUUGCUCACACCUUUUGGGAGACCUCCGUAUACAUACAACCGAAGCUGGCCAAGAAAAGAACACCUCCGCAGGAAAACGACAUCUGAUGUAUCUGAUGGUCCUUAGUUUCAUCGCAUCCGUGUAUUUUUACUUGUUCUACAUUGUCUGGAGGGACUACAAGUUUGUCAAAGAGUACCCGAGAAAGAAGAAAGUGGUAGAGAGUACCGAAAGCGAGAAACUGCUCAAUUAA